AUGGCUUACAAAGUAAAUGCGUCUGGCCGUUCUUAUCGAAACGGGAUGGCUCUGUUAGACGAUAUGCGAUCAUUGAUUAUUGACGAAAUUGUCAAGGAAGGUGGGGAUAGAGUAGCUGGUUAUAUGCCAGUUACAUACAAAGAAAUUGCUAGGAGAUUAAGUGUAUCCCGUCAAUCAGUUAAAAAAAUUUGGCGACAGUUUUGCGAAUCCAACGACAUUUCAGUGAAAUCUCGCGGAGGAUCUCACAAUUUCAAACUGACCCCGGACGAUCUGGAACUAAUUGAAACAAGACUGCUCAGGGUUCCAUUUCGCUGA